AUGGCUUUUUCUCAGAGUCCAUUGACUUUCAAGGACGUGGCUAUCAGUUUCUCCAAGGAGGAAUGGGAAUGCCUGGACACUUCUCAGAGGGAUUUAUACAGAGAGGUCAUGUUGGAGAACUACAGCAACCUGGUUUCUGUCGGCCUUUCUGUAUCAAAACCAGAGCUAGUCACCUGUCUUGAACAGAACAAAGAACCCUGGAUCAGAAACAUAGGGGAAGUAGAAGGUAGAGACUCAGAUUGUAGAUUUGUUAUCAUUGUCAUCAUGGCUCUUAUCCACUAA